GUUCAAACUUUAUAUUACACCGAUUGUAGUUAAAAGUGAAGGGGUAUAUAAGCCUUCUUCCAAUUUGCUGUUGAACUAUUCGACGUGUUAGCAAGUGCAAUGAGAACGCAACUAAUAACAAUUUUGGCUCUCAUCGGGCUACAACCAGCAUAUAAUGCCAAACUCAAGAAAUCGAAGCGGGGUUCUCUUCUAGGAGAUUAUUCUCUCACAGAUUCGCCACCAUCAUUCACUUACUCUGACGACCUAAAUAUUGCUCCAACCGGAUGGAAAGUGACAACAGGGGACUUCAAUCUCAACGUAGACUUACCGCCACCACGCCACCUGCCACCCCCUGCCAUAUCUCAAACAAUCAUACCUCGUCCAGUAGCUUCUUACGGAAUAGUCUCCAACUCUUUAGAUAAACCCGUCAUGGAAGGCCAAGAGUAUAUUCCUUCACCAGGCAUAGGUACAGCGAUCCUUCCUCAGAUGCCCCAACCAGCCAUACCUGUAAACGCUGUAGCCUCCAACAUCCCAGCAUCCAGAGGCGCGGUAUUUCUGGGAUCAGGCUCGAUCGGAGUAGUUAGUCUAGGCAAUGGAGCGUAUGCUUUAGGUUCUGGGUCUCUUGGAUAUUCAGAAAAUCGUAGUCGUCCCAGACCAACAGCCAACGUACCAGUGUACCCUCCUAUUCGUGCAACCCCAGAUUUACUCCCAGCAGCAGUUCCUACUCCCCUGCCCCCACAACCUGCACCUCCAAUUGGGGGAUUUUAUCCUGGUAGCAUAGAUUUCGGAGGUCCGUUCCUUGUUCCUCAAAAGCCACAAUUAGACCAAAAUGGUUAUGAAUAUUUACCACCUAAUAGGGUUGGUUUUGGACAACCUAAUCCACCUAGGCCACCAAGGACCAGGCAACAAUUUGCCACGCCUACUACUUUGCAGAUUCCACAGGUGCCACAGAUUCCCAAUAACAUUCAAUUUUCUCUGCCGGUAGGACAUCCCUCUUUGCAAGGGAUUCCCAUACUAGCUUAGAGCUAGAGGUAAUAAUUUAUUCGUUAAUAUAUUUAAGUAUUAUGCGCUGUUGGGAUAUAGUUGUGAAUUAUCAAUAAAAAAAGACUCUUGUACAGAAAUGUGAGCUCCAAAGUGAUAAACCAAAUAGGUUGACUUUUCACUAUUGUAUUAAUCAAUAUUUUAAGUUACCCAACUAGAAUAGUUAUUGUUGUAAAUUUAUUUAUUUUUUCGAAAAUUAGGUGUACAGUUACUAUAAACUUACUAUAAAAAGUGUCUUACGUUUUACUAUAUCAA